UAAAGAUAAAAGAAUUUAUAAAUUGAGAUAUUCAAAUAAUCUACUUACUUGGGCUGUUUUGUUAAACAUAUUCGGUCCAAAAAAACUAGUCUAGCAUCAUGAAGUUCUUGAUUUUAUUCGCCAUUGCAGCCGUCUUCGGAUCCGUUUACUGCCAGGAUGAGGAAUGCUUCAGAGGGGUGUUCAGGGAGUGCGUGAAGCAGACACCUCCCGGAAAACAAAUGGCUCUUUGUGAUGAAGUCAAGUUUCAGAUUGAAUGUGUUGCUCGGUGUGCGGACAAAUGCAAAAUGAAAUUCAGCGAAGAGGCAGAAGCAGUGAGGGAAGCUGUUCAAAGAGUAUGCCAGGAAGGCGACACCAAAAGACUGUUUGACGAAGAAAAGGCUUGCUAUAAGAGCGCUAUUAGUGAUACCAAAUGUGUUGGACCCAUUCGUGAAGCCAUGAAGGACCGCCAGAACGCUGAAGUCAUCAUAAAGGGCAACAAAAAGGUUUGCAAGUUGUUCGAGGCUUACUCAAAAUGUGUGGAAGAAAACGCUUCAAACAACUGCGGUAAAACAUCUGAUAUCUUGUUUGACUCGCUGUAUGAUCCUCUUUACAAUUUAGCCGACGUUAUCUGCCAGCAACUGAUCCUCCCAGCGGACGAGACGGACGCCCGCCCAGACAGUUUUGGGGUUCUCAACCCUUACAUGGUCAUAGAAUCUUUCUUUGGAUAUGCCUGAAUGUAAAUGAGAACAUAUGAAUGAAAUAAAUUCUAAAACUCAAUGAA